GAUUGGUUGAACCUACACCUUCUUUUCACUUGUAUCAUUGUCUUUAUCUUGGUCAAUCUAGUAUUGUGGUGUUCAUAAAAACAAAAAGAGAAAAAGAAAGAAAACACUUUAUACGAAUUGGGUUUCGGAAUUUUUAAGAAUAGUGUUCAUGGAAAAAGAGGCAGAUGGUGAUGAGGUGGUAGUAGAGAUUACAGCUGCUGAAGCGAAGUCGAAAAAUGGGGAACUUGAGGGCAUUGAGCCACCACCUGUUUCUGUUUCUACUAUUAUUCAGCCUCUUCAAAUUCAAUCGAAUCAAGAUCAGAAUCUUAUAUCAUCAAUAGCACAAUCCCCCUACCCAAAGCCAAAAUCAAGACUCGUUGAGCCACCAUUUCCAACCAAUCGGAAUAUCGCAAAUGAGAAAAUAACUCCAACUGCUUCCCCUUCUUCUCAAAAACCAAAAACCCCAAAAACGUCGACUCCAAUAACACCUAAAACACCAUUAAUCGCAUCACCACAAGAACAAGAAGUCGACGAUGACGACGAUGAUGCGUAUUUCACCAAAGUUCUUCAAUCCAAGAAAAAAAAACGACCCAAGAAAAUGAAGGUUUUGGUUUCAAUCGAGUUCACUUUAUUCGUUUGCGUAACGAUAAUUUUAGUUUUAAGUAGAACUGUGGAUAAACUAAAGAAUUCCGAGAUUUGGAGUUCAGGAUUAUGGAAAUGGUGUGUUUUGGUAAUGGCGAUUUUCUGUGGUCGUUUAUUUUCCGAGUGGUUUACGAAUGGUGUGGUUUUCUUAAUAGAACGUGAAUUCUUACUUAAAAAGAAAGUUUUAUACUUUGUUUACAGCUUACAAAAGAGUGUUCGGGUUUUCAUCUGGUUAGGUUUGAUUCUACUAACAUGGGGUUUGCUAAUUAAUCGAGGUGUUCAUAGAUCAAGAAACACAACCAAAGUUCUAAAUUAUAUCACUAGAGGGAUUGCUUCUACACUUGUGGGUUCUGGUGCAUGGAUCUUAAAGACUCUUUUUGUAAAAUUCUUAGCUUCGAAAUUUCAUGUGAAGAUAUUUUUUGAUAGGAUUCAAGAAUCUAUCUUCCAUCAAUAUGUUCUUCAGACGCUUUCAGGGCCUCCAUUGAUGGAUGAUUUUGAAAUGAGUUUUAAAAAUUCUACAGAAAGGGUAGUAGAAGAAAAGAAGGAGGAAAAGGUUCUUGAUGUGAAAAAGCUGAAUAAAAUGAAACGUAGGAAGGUGUCUGCUUGGACAAUGAAAGGGUUGAUUAAAGUUAUAAGGAAAUCGGGAUUCUCUACACUUUCUAAUGCACUUGAGGAAAGUGAAGAUGUUGUGGGAAAAGAUGAACAAAAGGAUGAUGGGAAAAUUACUUGUGAGUGGGAAGCUGUCAAUGCUGGUUAUGCUAUUUUUGCAAAUGUAGCUCCACAUGGGGAGAAGUACAUCAAAGAGGAGGAUCUUUUGCGUUUUAUGAACAACGAUGAUGUGAAGAAAGUGCUUCCAUUGUUUGAAGGAGCAGCGGAAACUGGAAAGAUCAAGAAGAAAUCGUUUAGUUUUUGGGUGGUGAACGUGUAUAAGGAGCGAAAAUUUCUGGCACUUUCUCUAAAGGACACAAAAACAGCCAUAGAGGAGCUAAACAAGCUUGUUUCAGGGUUUACAGUAUUUGUACUUAUAAUAGUAUGGUUACUUUUAAUGGGUAUUGCUUCAACCGAAGUGUUGCUUUUCAUCUCAUCCCAGCUUUUACUUGGGAUUUUCAUGUUUGGGAACUCUGCUAAGACAGCAUUCGAAGCCAUAAUAUUUGUGUUUGUGAUGCACCCAUUUGAUGUAGGUGAUCGUUGUGUUAUUGAUGGUGUUCAGGUCGUUGUAGAAGAAGUAAACAUUUUGACAACUGUGUUCUUGAGAUAUGACAAUGAGAAGAUUUUCUACCCGAAUUCAAUCUUGGCUACAAAAGCCAUAAGCAAUUUCAAUCGAAGCCCAGAAAUGAGUGAUUCUGUGGAGUUUGAUGUUGAUGUUUCCACUUCAAUCGAGAACAUCUUAGCUCUAAAAGCUAAAAUUAAAACACCUAAUCGAUGGUACAUAGAUAGCAAACCCCGACUAUGGCGCCCAAAGCACAGUGUUAGGGUUAGGGAGAUCGAGGAUGUGAACAAGAUGAAAAUGAGCCUCUACGUAACUCAUACGAUUAACUUUCAGAACCACGAAGAGAAAAGCGAAAGAAGAUCAAACCUUGUGCUGGAGCUGAAGAACAUCUUCGAAGAACUUGGCAUCAAGUAUCAUCUUCUUCCUCAAGAAGUUCUGAUUAGAUAUGUCGGCUCUGCAUCGCCACCAGCCACCACCGCCACACGGUUGUCGUGAUCGAAUCCUGGGUAAAAUUUGCAUCAGGUUCGGUCGUUCCUUUGCCUUCGUUGUUCAUCCUUUGAUUUAAAAUGUAACCGCCAUUGCCAUUGGUAUUCUGGAGCUAAAGCUAACUAACGAGAUCGAACCUUGACGUGAAGAGUUUCUUUGAAUUGUACAGAACAUGCUAAUAUAUUUGCAUGAGUAGAUAAAGUUUGCAAUUCAUACAACAUAAUUUCUUUUUACAAUUUAAUGC